AAAUAAUAAAAAAAAGUUAAAAUCGAUUGGAGGUAAAUAAUCGAAGAGCAAGUUAAAGAAGUGAAGUUGAAAGUUUGAAGCAAAAGAGUUGAAGUGAAGUAAGGUCGAUUCCAUAGCAGAAAAAAUGACGCUGGACGAUGAUAGCUCCAUAUACGUUGGAGGUCUUCCCUACGACGCCACUGAAGAUACCAUUCGCACCGUCUUCAAUUUGUAUGGCGCCAUCCUUGAUGUCAAGAUUAUCAAUGACCAACGUACUGUAGGCAAAUGCUAUUGUUUUGUUACUUUCACAAACCCUAGGUCAGCAAUUGAUGCCAUCAACGACAUGAAUGGAAGAAGUAUUAGUGGGCGUGUGGUCAAAGUUAAUGGGGUGAAGUCUCGGGGUGGCGGCGGUGGUGGCGGCGGCGGCGGCAGUGGCGGUAGAUCAAAUUUUGGGAGAGAAAGAGAACGUUAUUAUCAUCAUAAUGAUGAAAGGAAUGGAGAUUGGGAUCAUGGCAGAGAUAGAGAGAUUCGAGAUCAAGAUUAUGGUCGUGGCAGUGGCAGAGAUCAUAUUCGAGAGCAAAAUUAUGAUCAUGGUAUUGAGAAAGAUGGAUACAGGAGUAGAGGCAGUGACUGGAAUCGACAUGGUGAUAGGUCUCGAGACCGUGAAAGGUCUCGGGAUCGUGAUAGAUCACGAGAUCAUGACAGGGUUAGGGAUAGGAGAGUCGAACAUGUGCAAGAUUAUGGUGAUCAAGCUAGAGAAAGCAUGUUAGAUGAUGAUUGGAAUCGUGAUGAUGAUAGGGCUGAAAAUCAACAAGAAAACAACAGGGUACAUGGUGGAGAUGUGGAUAGGGACCAUAACUUGGACGUGGGCGCCGACAGAAAAAUGGACAGGGUUAGUGACCAUGAUAAAAGUUUUGAUGAACCUAAAAGAGAACCGUCAAGGAGAAACAUAGAUUUGAAUGUGACAAAUGAAAAUAGUCCAUCAGAUUCUACCGAUGACCACAAUGAGGAGGCAGAAGAUGAGUUAGAGCAGUCAAUGCAAGAACUUGAUAAACUAAAAAAGGAGGUUUCUAAACUGGAAGAGAGAGUGGAAGAAAGAAGACUUAAUGUUACAGAGUUACAAAAACACUCUAAGAAACUGGAGGAUGCGGUGAUUACUGCAAAGAAACAAUCUUUAUAUCGCCAAAUGCAAUUAACCAAGCUGCAUGAAUGUUUUCUGAAAGUGCAGGAUUCGACAGAAAGACUUAAAACCAGUGAAAAAGAAUUCCAGGCUCUAGUUGAUUCAGUAAUGUUUGAGAGUGAUGGUGAUGGGAGUCUUGGACAGCUUACAAAUGGAAGUCUUGAUGGUAAAUAGUUGUUACCAAAAAUAUCAAAAAGUAUGAAACAAUUUUUGUAGCAUGUGUUGUCUCUUUAUUUGCUAAGCGGUUUCACAAUGUCCACUGGCUCCCCAUGUAUGAUUAGAAAUAUCAUUGGUUACUCUUGCAAUUCAUGCUAAAUCUGUGCGAAGAAAUUUUGUACCAGCAGGUUGGAAUUAGUUAUUUCUAUUGUAGUCAAACUCCAUUUUAUUGUUAAA